CACUUCUGCCGGUACUACGGUGGAGACUCUGACCAUCCCAGCCAGAGCCCAGUACAAUGGAACUACAGUCUCCAGUGUCUGUCUGUGAUAUUUGGAGGCCUCUCUGUGGAGAGUGACAACGCCACAUUGACCAUUCAAGGUCCGCUGUUACUAUUAGCAGGUGACUUGAGAGUCACCAUGAAUGCCGAAUCAGUGACCAUCUCGUGGAGUGCUCCAUUCUCUCUGAAUGUGACUGGUGUUGAUCCUGAUAUCUGGUAUCUCAGUCCUCAUCUACAUAUGUGACAGAUGAGAACAACCCAACAGCCAUCCUCUGUACUGACUGUAUCAAUAUCACUCAGACACACUACACCUUC